CUGAAGCUUCUACCAUUAACUUCCGGGUAUGGGUCCCCUGAAUCUCUAUAAAAGCAGGAGACAACAUUUCUGUGGUGCAUACUGAGUGUGACUGAGCUGUCUACAAUGAACAUCCUUUGGCUCAUAACUAGUCUGCUACUGUUGUGUUCUUGCACUCCAGGUUUCUCCAUGCAUGAUGGUAUUGUUGGCGGUGAAGUCUCCGUUCCACACAGUCGACCCUACAUGGUCUACAUUCGUAACCCUGUAACGGAACGAGUAUGUGGUGGUUUUUUGAUAAGAGAUGAUUUUGUGAUGACAGCUGCCCACUGUGGACGUCAUCUUACGGUGUAUUUGGGCGUCAACGACACCAGACAUUUACCUCACGGUGUACUGGCAGAUCCCAUUCAACAUGAAGAUUUCAAAACCAAUACACCAGGUCAUGACAUCAUGCUUCUAAAGCUUAAAACACCUGCAAGUUUGAACAAAACUGUGAAUACCAUCACCUUGCCAAAAACUGAGAAUAGAGAAAUCUCGAAGGAUUGCAUGGUCUUGGGUUGGGGCUUAGAGAAAUACGGACAUGGGUCUCCAUCAAGAGUCCUCAAAGAAGCACAUGUUACUCUGUUAGACUCCAAAAAGUGUGUGACGACUGACACUCUAUGCAGCGAGGGAACAACUGGAGCAGCAGAGGGAGAUUCUGGAGGUCCACUUGUUUGUGGAGAUGUUGCACAGGGAAUUGUGUCUUUUUACACAGAGUCAAAUGGAGGCUACUGCACAAGAUACACCGAUAUUUACCAAUACCUUUCAUGGAUUCAUCACAAAAUGAAGUCUCCUCUGCAGUAACAUGAAACAUAAAUUGUAAAUUGCACUGUAGUCUAACAAGCUCAAUUUACAUCAAGUUAAGAAAACUCAAAUUAAGGCUGGUUGCCUUAAACUUUUAAGUUCUCAACUUUUGAUUUUUUUUUUUUUUUUUUUUAAACAGUAUUAAAGGGCAAGCUGGAUAAACUCAUUUAGUUCUAAAGUUGUUUGGUUAAAUAAUCCAUGUUUGGUUUUACUAUUACAACAUUCAGCACAUCUGUAACAUUAAAUGUGCAAAUUUAAAAUAAAGGAUGACUCAUGUAACUGUU